ACCAAACAGCCUUAAAACAAUAUUUUGUACAAAAAGAUUCUCCCGUACACAAAUGUCAUUCUUGAAGAACUAAUUCAACAAAAUAACGUAGGAAUCACCGAUUCAGUCCUACGUAAAAAAUUCAAUGUUGGCAGGGGUUGGCGCGCUGGUUAAUAAUACAAAACAGGAAAUGCCAUUAAUUAAAGACAGUCCAUCAUUAACAAACUACAAGAUUUCGAUCUUAGCGAGGAAAAGCUUCAAACUUUUCCUCCCCAUCUUUAUCAGAGGAACCCAGCACUCACUCAAUACAGGAACCACAAAUGCCCAUGCUAUUAUCCCUUCCCAUUUUUCUUCAAACAUGGCAGAGAUAUUUGUCUUCUUCAAGGACAUAUUUCAGACAAAGGCACCUAAGAAAUCUCCCCUGGUGUUAAGAACAGUGGUGUUGCUUUUUGCAGUGGUGUGUGGAGUGUACAUUUUUUCUAUUUGCAUGAGACAAACAGCUAAUUUUGGCAGCCCAGAUUCUGUAAGAUACCUGGUUGAUCCAUUGUGUUCCACUCCUAGAAAUGUCGAAAAAUGGGAGAUUCCUUUGCUGCAUUUCCCCAAACCUCAGACUUUUAGCAGGGAGGAAUGUGUUUGCAAUCCUGUUCGGUUUUUCGCCAUCUUGUCUAUGCAGAGAUCAGGGAGUGGGUGGUUCGAGACAUUGUUGAAUAGCCACAUAAAUGUGAGCUCCAAUGGCGAAAUCUUCAAUGUCAGGGCAAGGAGGAGUAAUGCUUCGAUGAUCAUAAAGACGCUCGAUACAGUUUACAAUCUCGAUGUUUUGACGAGUUCCUCAAAGAAUGAAUGCUUAGCUGCUGUUGGCUUCAAAUGGAUGCUUAAUCAGGGAAUAAUGGUACACCACGAGGAGAUUGUGGACUACUUCAAGAGAAGAGGCGUGUCCACAAUAUUUCUUUUGCGAAGGAAUCCCCUUCGCAGGUUGAUAUCUCUCCUCGCCAAUACUUACGACAAGGAUGCUAAACUGCUAAAUGGAACGCAUAAAUCCCACGUUCAUUCUGCACACGAGGCUCAAGUACUAGCCAAAUACAAACCGACUGUAAAUAUGUCGUUACUCAUACCCAAUCUGAGGAGCACGCUGAGAAAUUCUGCCACGGCUCUCGAUUACUUCAAGAACACGAGACACAUUGUCUUUUACUACGAAGAUAUUGUCAGCAACCGCACUAAACUUACAGAUGUUCAAGAGUUUCUCGGGCUGCCAAUUCGAAACCUCACCAGCCUUCAGGUUAGGAUACACAGCGGGACACUAUCAAAUCAAGUCGAGAAUUGGGACGAAGUCCGGGAGAAACUGAAGGGAACUGUGUAUGAACAGUUUCUCCACACAGAUUAGAAUGCAGUCAUAGUUUUUGCAGCCACUUACACUUGUAAAAAACAGUAUAAGAAAAUAGUUUUAGAAAGAUUCUUUUGGUUCUUUUGACAUUUUCAUUGUUUAAGUUUAUUGUCAUUGAAGUUAAUUGAA